AUGAAUGCCACCCGCAGCUCGGUGCUGCUUGCUUUCAGGCCCUUUCAACAUGGGCCUCGUCUGAAUCAAGUCGAUCAGAAAAUCCUCCUCUCCUUGUACAACUCCUCUCCACGACACUCGCGGAUACAGGCUCGAGCGAUUCAUGCUGCUGCUGCAUCGGCUGUCCGCUGCCGGAGCCCUUUCGAUUCAACAGCAUCCCGCGCGCUCUCGAGAUCGAAACUACUCCAGCUAUUCGCUCCUCGCCAAUCUGGCAUAGCUGUACAGGCCAAACAUUUCUCCAACUGUCGCAUCCUUCAAGAGUAUCCAACGCCGGUCAUCAAGGACCAAGCUCGGUCAAAAAAGAACGAUGAUGUGGAGGAAGAGGAGGCUUUCGAGAAGAGUGAGAAAGCGGCGCAGGCUUCCCACGUCAACCUCAGCGCAAGACUAUCAAAGGAAGGAUCUACGACCAAGAACUCAGGCUUUGGGGAAGUGUGGCGUCUGAUCAAGAUUGCUCGGCCAGAGGCCAAAGUCCUUGGAUGGGCGUUUCUAUUCCUACUGAUCUCUUCGACCAUUAGCAUGUCGAUUCCUUUCUCCAUUGGGAAGAUUCUGGACAUUGCCACCAAGGGAGGAGCAAAGACAGAAGGUCCUGAGGCUGAAGACAAGACUGACAUGCUGUUCGGUCUCACUUUGACCACCUUUUAUACUGCUCUCGCUGCGGUCCUUGCAGCCGGCGCGGCGGCCAACUACGGGCGAAUCAUCAUCCUUCGAAUCGUGGGAGAACGAAUUGUCGCAAGGCUUAGGUCGAAACUCUUUCGACAGACGUUUAUCCAAGAUGCGGAGUUCUUCGAUGCGAACAGAGUAGGCGAUUUGAUCUCCAGACUCGGGUCGGACACCAUCAUUGUUGGAAAAUCCAUCACACAAAAUCUUUCUGACGGAUUACGCUCCUUCGUCAGUGGGGCCGCGGGAUUUGGUCUGAUGGCCUGGGUUUCCCUCAAACUGACUGGCCUCUUGUUUCUGCUGUUCCCGCCUAUUGCGCUGGGCGCCUUCUUCUACGGGCGAUCGAUACGAAACCUCAGCCGAAAGAUUCAAAAGAAUCUUGGAACACUGACGAAGAUUGCGGAGGAGAGGCUGGGAAAUGUGCGAACCUCGCAAGCAUUCGCCGGAGAGAUCCUCGAGGUACAUCGAUAUAACACUCAAGUCCGCAAAAUCUUUGACCUUGGGAGGAAAGAGUCUUUGAUCAGCGCCACAUUCUUCUCGACGACAGGACUAAUGGGUAAUAUGACCAUACUGACACUUCUCUACGUCGGCGGCGGUAUGGUCUCGAAUGGAACUAUCUCCAUUGGCGAACUUACCUCAUUUCUCAUGUAUACAGCAUACGCGGGAUCUUCACUUUUUGGACUAUCAUCAUUCUAUUCCGAACUUAUGAAGGGCGUUGGUGCAGCAUCCCGGCUGUUUGAACUGCAGGACCGCCAACCCACCAUCUCGCCCACCAAAGGCGAAAAGGUUGUGUCAGCCCGGGGACCCAUUCGGUUUAAGAACGUCUCCUUCAGUUACCCGACAAGACCUGCCGUGAAGAUCUUCCAGGACCUUGACUUUGAGAUCCCUCAGGGCUCCAAUGUGGCCAUUGUCGGGCCGUCGGGUGGAGGGAAAAGCACCAUCGCCUCCUUACUUUUGAGAUUUUACGCACCUACUGAAGGUCAAAUCUUGAUCAAUGGAAAGGACAUUGCGACAAUGAAUGUCAAAUCUCUGCGCCGGAAGAUCGGUAUUGUAUCGCAGGAGCCGGUCCUGUUUUCUGGGACCAUCGCCGAGAACAUUGCCUAUGGCAGGCCGCACGCCACUAGAGCCGAGAUCUUGCGAGCAGCGAGACGAGCCAACUGCCAGUUCAUCAGCGAUUUCCCCGAUGGUCUCGACACGCAUGUCGGCGCACGUGGGACACAAUUGUCUGGUGGGCAAAAGCAGAGAAUUGCCAUUGCUCGAGCCCUGGUCAAGGAACCUGACAUUCUGAUAUUGGACGAAGCUACUUCCGCCCUCGAUGCCGAGUCAGAAACUCUUGUUAAUGAAGCUUUGGCGUCAUUACUGAGGGCGAGUAACACCACCAUCUCUAUCGCCCAUCGACUUUCGACGAUCAAACGAUCCGACACGGUCAUCUGCUUGAGUAGCGAUGGCCAUGUCGCGGAAAUGGGCACGUACCGAGAACUCAGCAGUCGACCGGAUGGAGCUUUUACCAAACUGAUGGAGUGGCAAAUGAGUGGCGGUGAAGCGCCUCGAAGCGAUGUCAAUGAAUUUGCUAUAGACGCAGACCGGACCGGGCCACCGACCGAGAAGGACGAGAUUGAGGCAGACUUGGAAGCGGCGGAUGAAGGCGACAACGACGACGAAAUCGAAGGUAGCAAGGCUCAAGAGGUGGUGAAAGAGGCCAUUGAACCGAAGAAGAACUGA